AUGUCAGAGAAAAAGAAGAAGAAGAAGAAGAAGAAGAAGAAGAAGAAGAAGAAGAAGAAGAAGAAGAAGAAGAAGAAGAAGAAGAAGAUGAUGAAGAAGAUGAUAAUGGUGAUGAUGGUGAUGACUGUCAGAGCAUCACCAACAUCAUCACCAACCUCACCACCAUCAUCAUCACCCACCCCCUCCACCCCCCCUUCCUUUAUCGUAGGGGAUCCGUGCCCCCUGGUGGAGCUGGGGAACACCUUCAACGAGACAGCGUUUGCCGGCCGCUGGUACCGGUUUGGCGGGUUACCCAACAUGCAGGAGCUCUCCGAGAAGUGUACCACAUACGACUACCGCUACACAGGUUCUGGCUAUGAGGUGCGGGAGCAGGGGCAGACAGCGGGGGGGUCAGCCGUUUCCCAGACCAAUAUGUUGACCCAGCCCAAGAAGGGAGUCGGAGAGUUUGUGACCAAGGUAGACGGCCUACAAGCUCACCUCCAGGUCCUCACUACUGAUUACGACGCCCUGGCCUGUCUCUACACCUGUCACACGGUCAGAGACACUCACCGCGUACACUUCGCCUGGAUCCUAUCGAGGGACACCACGCUGGCUACAGAGAAGAUCGCGUCGUGCCAAGUCCUGCUCCGAGACGUGAAGGUCCCGCUGCGCCAGAUGGAGAGGACCAACCACGGGCCAGAGUGCCAGUGACGUCACCAGCGCCUAGCCAAUCACGGGGCGGGGAGCCUCUGACGUCACCAGCAGGGAUGGAGAAUGGGUCUGGGGUGAAGAUAGAAAACGGGAAGUGAGAGAAAAUGGGUUAUGGUGAAAGAAAAUGGGUUAAUGUGAAAGAAAAUGGGUUAACGUUAAAGAAAAUGGGUAAAAGUUAAAGAAAAUGGAAGGAAAAGGAAAGAAAACGGGAAGAAAUCAAAGAAAAUGGGUAACUAUAGAAAAAAUAAAAGGAAAAUUUGAAAAAAUCAGAAAAUUGGGAAAAUAAUUAAAAAAAAUAUUAAAGAGGAAAUAAGGAGAAAAAAAUAUAUUAAUAAUGAAAAAAAAAUAAUGAACGAAAAAAAACACAAAAUAAAAUAAAAAUAAAAUAGAUUAAUAAGAGAAACGCACAAAAGAAUUAACAAAUAGAUAGAUAGGCCUAUUAAUUUUAAAAUGUAUAUAAAAAGAUUAGUUAAUAAAUGAAUAAAAUAAAUUACUGAAUAAC